CGACCACGGAGAAUUCCAGGUGCUCCAAGUUUUAGGGGCAGAAUAGCUGUCCUUAGGAAAUGAUAUUUGAAAAAAAAGACUCAACAGAACAGGUUAACCAAAGGCAGAGGGGGAGGAGUGUCCAGCAGCUGGAACAGCAUUUGCGACGCUUGCUUCGUUUGAGCUAAAUGAAGCCAGCCCUCCUUGUAGCCUGGAAAAGAUGACAGAUCUUGUAGCCGUUUGGGAUGUUGCUUUAAGUGAUGGAGUCCAUAAGAUUGAAUUUGAACAUGGGACGACGUCAGGCAAACGAGUGGUAUACGUAGAUGGGAAGGAAGAGAUAAGAAAAGAUUGGAUGUUCAAAUUAGUGGGCAAAGAAACCUUCUGCAUUGGAGCUGCAAAGACAAAAGCAACCAUAAAUAUAGAUGCCAUCAGUGGUUUUGCUUAUGAAUAUACUCUGGAAAUUAAUGGAAAAAGUCUCAAGAAGUAUAUGGAGAACAGAUCAAAAACCACCAACACUUGGGUAUUACACUUGGAUGGUGAGGAUUUUAGAGUUGUGUUGGAAAAAGACACUAUGGACAUAUGGUGCAAUGGCAAUAAAAAGGAGACGGCAGGUGAGUUUGUAGACGACGGGACUGAAACUCACUUCAGUAUUGGGAGCCAUGACUGUUACAUAAAGGCUGUCAGCAGCGGCAAGCGGAAAGAAGGGAUCAUUCAUACUCUCAUUGUGGAUAAUAGAGAGAUCCCGGAGAUUCUUGAAUGACUUCAUGUUAAUGAAUUUUCAUCUUAAGAAGUAAGGUCAGGACUUUUAAAGUACUGUGGUAAUCAAAUAUGUUCAGUAUGUACUUUCAGUACAUUUAGUCUGCCAUGUUUUCAUUUCUUACUUACUUGAAACUAGUGUAUGAAGCAUCAGGAAAGAAAAGAAUUAUGUACAAUCAUAACAAUUGCAAUUUAUUUUGUGAAUAAUGCAAAAUAUUUUAAAGCCAAGUGGAAAAUAAGAUAUGGAUCAAAAUCACCAGUGUUUUACAAGAGGAGCUUCUACUCUAAUAAACACUAUAAAAUAAACAUGGUGCUGCUUGA